AUGUUUGUUCGUGUUGUUCCGUAUGAUCAAAGCUUUGACGAAAACUAUGCGGCCUACGCCAAAUUGAACGGAUCUUAUAAAGCAUUGAUAGGUGGUUCUACGUGUGAAGCUAUGGAAGAUUUUACUGGCGAUGUAACUGAAAUAUAUAAACUGGAAGAGGCACACUCAAAUCUCUUCUUCAAUAUUUUACUUAAAGGUCAUGAACGUGAUUCAAUGAUGGCAUGUAGUAUUGAUCCAAGUGUAUUAGAAUCCAAAACAUCAGGACUCAUAAGGGGUCAUGCUUAUUCAAUUACUAAGAUUGCACUCAUGGACAUUGUAUCACCAAGUAAAACUGGCCAAAUUCAAAUGGUGCGGCUUCGAAAUCCAUGGGGUGAUGUAGCUUCAUACCAGAUAACGUGA